CCCGCCCUGCACGGGCCCGGCUUCCUCGCCAACGACCGCCUGCUGCCGCAGCGCGUCACCGACCAGCACAAGGUAUGACGUCACACCACGCGACCACAACCCCGCCCUGCACGGGCCCGGCUUCCUCGCCAACGACCGCCUGCUGCCGCAGCGCGUCACCGACCAGCACAAGGUAUGACGUCACACCACGCGACCACAACCCCGCCCUGCACGGGCCCGGCUUCCUCGCCAACGACCGCCUGCUGCCGCAGCGCGUCACCGACCAGCACAAGAUGUCCCGCGAGGAGUGGGAGCAGAGUAUCACGAACUGGUGGCAGGAGCACCGCGGCAUGCUUCGCGAGGACGCCAUGAUGGAGUACCUCAAGAUCGCGCAGGACCUGGAAAUGUACGGCGUCAACUACUUCGAGAUCCGCAACAAGAAGAACACGGAACUCUGGCUGGGCGUCGACGCGCUUGGACUCAACAUCUACGAGAAGGACGACAAACUAACGCCAAAGAUCGGCUUCCCGUGGUCGGAGAUCCGCAACAUAUCGUUCAACGACCGCAAGUUCAUCAUCAAGCCGAUCGACAAGAAGGCGCCGGACUUCGUGUUCUUCGCGCCUCGCGUGCGCGUCAACAAACGCAUCCUGGCGCUGUGCAUGGGCAACCACGAGCUGUAUAUGCGGCGCCGCAAGCCAGACACCAUUGACGUGCAGCAGAUGAAGGCGCAGGCGCGCGAGGAGAAGCUGGCCAAGCAGGCUCAGAGGGAGAAAUUGCAGCUGGAGAUCGCGGCGCGCGAGCGUGCUGAGAAAAAGCAGCAGGAGUAUGAGGACCGCUUGCGUCACAUGCAAGAAGAGAUGGAGCGCUCGCAGGCGAACCUGCUCGAAGCUCAGGACAUGAUCCGGCGGCUGGAGGAGCAGCUGAAGCAGCUGCAGGCCGCCAAGGACGAGCUGGAGCGCCGUCAGGGCGAGCUGCACGCCAUGAUGCAGCGCCUCGAGGAGACCAAGAACAUGGAAGCAGUGGAGCGCGCGAAGCUAGAAGAGGAAAUCCGCGCCAAACAGGAGGAAGUGGCUCGCAUCCAGACCGAGGUGGAGGCCAAGGACUCCGAGACGCGCCGUCUGCAGGAGGAGGUCGAGGAGGCGCGCCGCAAGCAGGACGAGGCGGCGGCCAUGUUAGCAGCGGCCACGACGCCGACGCACCACCACGUGGCGGAGCAACGCGGCGGCGAGGAGGGCUCCGCGGCCGAGGACGGCGGCUCCGACGCCGGCUCCGAGUCCGGCGGCGGCGACCUCGUACGAGGGCCAGACAACCUCGUCGACCCCGUCGCCGACCGCCGCACGCUCGCCGAGCGCUCCGAGCGCCUGCACAGCCAGCUCAAUGUGAGUACAGCGAGCACUACCGGCGACCUCGUACGAGGACCAGACAACCUCGUCGACCCCGUCGCCGACCGCCGCACGCUCGCCGAGCGCUCCGAGCGGCUGCACAGCCAGCUCAAUGUGAGUACAGCGAGCACUACCGGCGACCUCGUACGAGGACCAGACAACCUCGUCGACCCCGUCGCCGACCGCCGCACGCUCGCCGAGCGCUCCGAGCGGCUGCACAGCCAGCUCAAUGUGAGUACAGCGAGCACUACCGGCGACCUCGUACGAGGACCAGACAACCUCGUCGACCCCGUCGCCGACCGCCGCACGCUCGCCGAGCGCUCCGAGCGGCUGCACAGCCAGCUCAAUGUGAGUACAGCGAGCACUACCGGCGACCUCGUACGAGGACCAGACAACCUCGUCGACCCCGUCGCCGACCGCCGCACGCUCGCCGAGCGCUCCGAGCGGCUGCACAGCCAGCUCAAUGUGAGUACAGCGAGCACUACCGGCGACCUCGUACGAGGACCAGACAACCUCGUCGACCCCGUCGCCGACCGCCGCACGCUCGCCGAGCGCUCCGAGCGGCUGCACAGCCAGCUCAAUGUGAGUACAGCGAGCACUACCGGCGACCUCGUACGAGGACCAGACAACCUCGUCGACCCCGUCGCCGACCGCCGCACGCUCGCCGAGCGCUCCGAGCGGCUGCACAGCCAGCUCAAUGUGAGUACAGCGAGCACUACCGGCGACCUCGUACGAGGACCAGACAACCUCGUCGACCCCGUCGCCGACCGCCGCACGCUCGCCGAGCGCUCCGAGCGGCUGCACAGCCAGCUCAAUGUGAGUACAGCGAGCACUACCGGCGACCUCGUACGAGGACCAGACAACCUCGUCGACCCCGUCGCCGACCGCCGCACGCUCGCCGAGCGCUCCGAGCGGCUGCACAGCCAGCUCAAUGUGAGUACAGCGAGCACUACCGGCGACCUCGUACGAGGACCAGACAACCUCGUCGACCCCGUCGCCGACCGCCGCACGCUCGCCGAGCGCUCCGAGCGCCUGCACAGCCAGCUCAACGCCCUGAAACAAGACUUAGCGCAGUCCCGCGACGAGACGAAAGAGACGGCGAUGGACAAAAUCCACCGCGAAAACGUGCGCCAAGGCCGCGACAAGUACAAGACGCUGCGUGAGAUCCGCAAGGGGAACACCAAGCGGCGCGUCGACCAAUUCGAGAACAUGUAGGGGCCCGACGCUCUGGGGCGGUGGCCGUUUGCUGUGUGCCUGGUGCUAUGCCCAACUACUGCUGAACGAUCGGACACUUGACACGGACUACUUUUGAUAAUUCUAUGUAGGAUUUUAUACGAUUAUGGACGAUAACGUCACUUUUAAGGCCUAGAACACACGGUGAAACGCAAUUGCAACGAAACUGCAACUUCUAGUUACUUUUGACUUUCUAGCGACCGUUGAGAGACCACACAUUGCAACACGUUUCAAAUUGGUCGCGUCAUGUGUCUCCCAACGGAAUCUAUGGCAGAAACUUAGAUGCAACUCAAAAGUAACUAGAAGUUGCAGUUUCGUUGCAAUUGCGUUUCACCGUGUGUUCUGGGCCUAACUGUCGCGUUUCGAAGUCAAUUCAUCAAAUUGAUUUCGGAUAUUUUGAGUAACGAAUAAUACUUUUAAAAACCUCACAUUGUUAAUUAAUACAUUAUGUGUCACCUGUCCUAUUGAAUUCGACUUCUAUUAAACCGGGAGUCGGAAGAUUCAACAAUAGUUUGGCGGUCCAAAUGUAGCGUGACUUAUCGUGCGCUUCCAAAGCACCACAUAUCGAGUCCUAUUGCACUAAACAUUAAUUGAUUUAUUUGACGUCACUGAAACUAUAAACGCAACUCGUACGGAGUCAAUUCAUUAUUAUGAAUAGUGUACUUGGCUUGUAAAUCUAGAUAGGUCUAUAUUUAAGUGCCAAAAGUAUAUUUUUACAAUCUCAAAGCAAACGACAGGAACUGUCACCGCUCCCGCUCGCCGCGAGCCGGCACUAGGAGUAGGCUAAGGAUACAAUUGUAGUCUUUACAGUUGAGGUUUAAAGGUUAUAAUUGUGUGGCGCGCGGCAACCCCGAACUUUAGCGUGGAUCCACCGCAUUCAAUCGAAAAAUAUCGACAUUGCAUUGGCAAUUACUAACCAAACUGCAUUUUAGUUGCAUUUAAAAUACCUCUUCAAGGGGAUUCCCCUUUCGACGAGGCGAAACUUAAUUGAUACAAAUCAAAACAUAGUAUUGUCCCGUCCCCUAGUGCUGUGGGUCCAGGCACGCCGCGCCGCAGUCGGGACUGCAAUGUAAAUAUUGAUUAUUACUUAAUAGUAAUUUUAUUUUAGACCAUAAUGUGCUAUAACCGAGUAAUGUAUACGUCGUCCCUCGAUAUUUCGUAUAUAUUUUACCGCCGCCCGCAAUCGAAUCGACGGGCGCGCAGAUUGUUUUUAUUAUUAUUGUAAUUUAUUUUUAAGCGAUUCGGAUUUUAUUCUAUAACCUAUUAUGUUGUAUUUGUAUCGGACGGAUGCGAGUCAUAAAUUAGAGAGCUGUGCGCUUCGAGUUGAUGGUAGAUUCGUUUUAUUAUAGUUGGCCUGUUGAUUUAUUUUAGUGGUCGUGUGGCCGAGGAUGACGGGAGCGCUGAGAGCGCUUCGGAAGCGCGGGUGAAAGGUGGGGGCGUCGCCCCUUAUUUAUUUUUAUAAUCAUUUAUAUUUUAGAUAUAGGAGUUGAAUUAGAGCUUCGAGUGUAAUUAUCGUUUCAGACAGAUUUGUUGUUCACCACUUGAUGUUCUGUAAAUGUGCGCUGAUAUUAUGUUAUGUAUGAUACGCGAGUAUAUAUGCAGUCGGCUCGGUCGCCCGGCCGCCGCGGGUUGGAUUCGCAAACGAUCGGCCUACGAUUCUGUCCCCACUUAACUCUUGAACAAAAUUUUAAAUAGUUACUGAGACUAUUCGAUUGUAUGCUUAAAGAAAGUGUAUGAUUUAAUUUUUAAGUGAAAUAAAAGGCAUUCCAUAAGUUACUGAGCGGUGGCGUUUACUUGAUUUCGAUGAAAAUUAAAAAUAGUUGCAAUAACUUGUUUGCGUUUUGUUUUGACAUAAACAUAAGUGCCAUCCGUCGCAUGUCCCCGUCUGAGUCCAGCGAGCCCCCGGGCCGUGACGUCACGCGCGCCCGUGACGUCAUGCGCGGGCCCGUGACGUCACGCACGCGCAGGGGCCCAGUAUUGUCCUGGACCUUACAACAGUAUUGACGUAUUUAUCUUGUCAUUAUUUUCUAAAAUAUACAAUACCAUGUUGCCUUUCAAAUUUUAGGAUGAAAUUUUUUUCCAAUAAAAUGUUUAAGUGAAUACAAA